AUGCUCGUGGACGAAGAUCAGCCGUCAUUACUCAUUACAGACAUCCCUUUUUCUCGUACUCCACCUAGUAGACCUCACUCAAACCCUUCAACCAUGGGUAGAGUAAAAUCAACUGCCCAGAAAAAGAAAACACAAAAACCUUCUGCAAACCAGCCUGCCCCCCAAGCAGAAAUUCCCUCGACCAGCGGUAGAGCUGAGAGUACUCCUGAGCCAGGAAUCCAAGCUUAUGCCCAACUUCGACGCGCCACUCGACCAGAUGUCGAAUGGUACGUCGCCCCUCCUAGUCGAAUAAUGAUUAGGAUGAUUGCUAACUACAUAAAGAAGUACGGGCUUCCUGGGGUGACACUGGAUGUGAGGGAAUCUAUUGCUGGGAGUGCUACCGGCACUAAAGUCCCCGAACAACAGCCAGAUGUGUCACAACCCCCUCCUAGGAGGGCAACUGGGGUGACCAUCAAUGAGCCAACUGGUGCCCCCCGACCUACUACUGCACUGGCCCCUCCGGGGAAGGGAAAGAAGAAGGCCACAGAGCCUAUUCUUGAUUAUUCAGACGAGAACGACAUGCCUGCUGAACGUGCCUUCGACUUGUACACCAAGUCAGCGAGCAAGAAAAAGUCUCACAGGCGCCAGUCUGUGGAGGGCUGCAGCAAUCAACCCGCGAAGAAGCCUCGAACAGACGACCCCCCUGCGUCUACUCCAACAAAGGAGACAACUCCUCCACCAGCUCCUACCAGGGAGACGACUCCUUCAACUCCAACAAACCCAGAUCCUUUGUCUCCGGUCGGACAGACUCCUCCUCCAGCUCCAGUCGACCCUAUGCCUCCAACAUCCACCGUCCAACAAUCGGUUGGUCAUUAG